CCGUACAGACACCUGUCACUGCAGUAGUACACCUGGACGAACUCCACAUUGCAGAUCUGGUAUGUCGGGUUGGCUGAGGGACGGUGUGAUAUUGGAGGGGACGGGCAGCGGUCAGAUGUCCCCCCGCCCCAGACUGCGGAGCCCAUUGCCAGGUCGGACGGCGAGGUUACAGUCGGGGAGCGGAGCGCCCUCUCCUAUCUCCGACGGUCCGGGCAGCAUGAGCAAAGCUAAAGAGUUGUUUGAGCUCUGUGAUAAAGAAGGAAAGGGUUUCAUCACAAAGAGAGACAUGCAGCGGUUACAGGGCGAGCUGCCUCUCUCUCCCGAGCAGCUGGAAUCUGUGUUUGAGAGUCUAGACCGAGGCAGAAAUGGAUUCCUCACCCCCCUUGAGUUCCACACCGGCCUAGGAGAGCUUGUUGGCUAUGAGCCGGAGGAGCGAGCGAGGAGCGGUGAGAGAGAGUUAGUGGAAGAGGAGCGAUUCGAGCCAGCAGAGAUCAGAUUGACACACAUUCUCAUGGAGCUGGGAGCUGAUAAACUCUUCACAGACCACAGAGAGUUGUGCAGUCUUUGGUUUGAACUCCAGCGGGACAAACCCGAGCUCUUGGGCGUGCUGGAGGAGGUUCUGUCCUACACCGUGUCUCAUCUUCAGGACGCCCUCAAAGAGAGAGACAACUUAGAGCAGAAACUCUGCAGGAGAGAAGAAGAUCAUGACCGAGUGGUUCGCUCCAUGUAUGAGGACAUGGAGAGUCAGUUAAAAGAGGAGAGAGAGAAACGACAAGAUCUGGACAGUGUGAGGCAGGGGGACAAAAAAGAGCAGCUGCUCCAGGAGCUGAGGACACGAGAACAGGAGCUGGAGUUCACCCUCACCAAACAGAGAGAGCUGGAGAGCAGAAUCAACUCUUUGACCAGCGAUCAGGUCGACGCUCGCGUUCAGAACCGCAGACUUCAGAACAUCAACCAGGAGCUUCAGGAACAUCUGGAUGAGAGUCGAGACGAGCUUCAGCGUGCUAUUAAUCAACUACAGCAACUGCAGAACAACAUCAAACACCAGCAGAAGGGCAAAGAGAGAGAAGUCUUGAAAGUUUCCCGGAACAUGCAGAAGGAGCGAGAAAGUCUCAUGCGACAGCUCGACCUGCUCAGGGACAUGAACAAGCGUCUUCGGGACGAUAAAGACGCCCACCACGCUCAGAAGAUGACAUCUAAAAUGAAGAAACCCGUUCAAAGGAGGGAAUCAAUACUCGCUAACUAUUUCCCACCCAAAAAAUCGGCAAAGAGACAUCUUACGACAAACUCCAAAGAGGAGCUGGAGGACCCAGACAUCUCGCUGAGAAAUUCACGACCGAAAAGACUCUCAACGGCUGAAGAGACGGAGGACAAAAGUACCGGUCAUUCAGAGAGAACCACGAGGGAGGAGUGUAGUCCACAGCGUGUAUUUAAGGUGGUGUUUUUGGGGAAUUCUGGGGUGGGAAAGAGCUCGUUCAUCCAACACUACUCCAGCGGACAUUUCCCCAACAACAUGGCCUCAACUGUCGGGAUGGAUUUCCAGGUCAGAAGUGUGAUGCUGGACUCCACACCCGUCGCUCUGCAGCUGUGGGACACCGCAGGACAGGAAAGAUUCCACAGCAUCACACAGCAGUACUUUCGUCGGGCGGAUGGCAUCGUUGCUAUGUAUGAUGUCACCCAGGAGACGUCUUUCACGGCUGUCCGCCAUUGGCUGGACCAGGUGCAGGAAAAGAUGACAGAGGGGGCGUGUCUGAUGUUGCUAGGCAAUAAGACAGACCUAGCAACAGAUGAUAAAAGGCAGGUGACCAAACCACAAGGCCGGAGGUUGGCCGAGCAGUAUCAGGCUGAGUUCUACGAGUGCAGUGCUAAAAACAAACAGCACGUGGAAGAGGUCAUGACUCACCUCACCAGGUUACUUGCCUCGCAGCAGGAUAAACAGUGCGAGUCCGCGCUCCGCCUGGAAGUGCCGUCCAGCAGAGGGCGCUGCUGCGCAUGAGCGCCGCGGAACUACACCACUCAUUAAUAAUAAUAAAGUGACGUCACUGUAAACUUCAGAAAAACGGUUUAAAUGCACUAUGUAAAAAUAUAAUAUUUAUUAAGAUUAACCCACAAUACUGCUGGUUACUCACUACAGAACCUGCUGUGUUUUAACAAUCUUUUUGUAUUAUAUCAACGAUGGUUUUAUUUUAUGAAAAGUCUUGAAAAUCAACCCGCUUUUUGGUAGAUCGACUACCAUCGUGUACCAUGUUUGUGUACCACACUUUUACUACAAAUAUGUUUACACUAUGGUUACUGCAUUGUUAUUCAUUGUUAAGGAGGAUUGAGGCAACGUGAAUGUUGAUGUAUUUUAUAAUAAUUAGUAUUACUCUGGAGCAUUGUGUUAUCUUGAUGCAGUAUGUAUUAACAACUGUUUUGGAAAUAUAAAAUAA